AUGAACAGAACUCGCCCCCUCCUCGCCAUUCUAUCUCUCCUCUUCCUCGCCAUCUCCCUCGUCCUCCUCUGGUUCGUCAUCCUUUCGGGAAUCACCCGGACCUCACCCCUACGACAAACUUAUUUCCUCCGCGCCGACACCAGCGGCAUCAGCGGCGCCCGCGCUGUCUCGCAAUGGACCUAUUUCAAGGUGUGCGGUCUCAACAACCGGGACUGCGGUCCCGCGCGUCCUGCUCUCCCUCUCGGUGAUGCCUGGGACAGCUACCCUUCCGGUGCCCCCGAUGGGCUCACUGGAAAAUAUGGUGGACACACGACCAGCCACUACUUUUGGUACAUGUGGCGUUUCGGCUGGGUGUUCUUCCUCAUGGCGCUCUUCUUCGAGACUUUGGCCUUCUUCUCGGGCUUCUUGGCUUGCUUGGGACGCAUUGGCGCUCUGGUUUCGGCAAUGAUGGCUUCGUUGGCGUUGGUUAUGUUGAGUGUUGCUGUUUCUUUGAUGACCGCUACCUUCGUCAAGAUGCGCAACCACUUCACCCGCGACGGCCGCGACGCCCACCUGGGCCGCUAUGCCUUCGGCUUCUCCUGGGGUUCCUGGGCUGCGCUCGCCAUCAGCACCGUUCUGUUCCUUCUCGCCAUGCUCCAGCGCGACAAGAACCGCUACAACAACCACCGCUCCACUUAUGCCACCGACGGUCACGAUCGCGUUGUUGCCGACGGCCCCGCGACCACGGGCACCGGUGGGAGAAGAGGGUUCUUUGGUGGCUGGGGCCGCCGCAGCAACAGUGGCAAGUCCUACGACGGACGGAGGGUUAAGGAUGAUUACUAA